AUGAGAAGAAUGAUUCCUACGACGUUAUCAAGUAAGUUUCAAGGAGCAGUGAGUAUGAAUGCGUUGAGAUGUUAUGUUUCGGAGUUUAUUUCCACUUUCUUCUUCGUACUCGCAGCCGUUGGAUCCGUCAUGGCUUCAAGGAAAUUGAUGGCGGGUGAUGUGACGGGUCCGUUUAGUGUGUUAAUACCGGCGAUUGCGAAUGCGUUUGCGUUAUCUUCCUCCGUUUACAUCUCUUGGAACGUCUCAGGCGGCCAUGUGAAUCCGGCGGUCACGUUUGGGAUGGCGAUUGCUGGUCGGAUUAGCGUUCCAACCGCUAUGUUCUAUUGGACUUCACAGAUGCUUGCCUCUGUUAUGGCUUGCCUUGUCCUUAAAGUAACCGUCAUUGAACAGCACGUUCCGAUCUAUAAGAUCGCCGGAGAAAUGACCGGAUUUGGAGCAUCGGUUCUCGAAGGUGUUUUAGCGUUCGUGCUUGUGUACACUGUCUUCACGGCUAAUGAUCCGAGACGGGGCUUGCCUUUAGCCGUGGGACCGAUAUUCAUAGGGUUUGUGGCUGGAGCCAAUGUUUUAGCCGCUGGUCCGUUCUCUGGAGGUUCGAUGAACCCUGCGUGUGCCUUUGGAUCGGCGAUGGUUUACGGAAGCUUCAAGAACCAAGCUGUGUAUUGGGUCGGGCCUUUGCUCGGAGGAGCCACCGCUGCGUUAGUGUAUGACAACAUGGGGGUGGUUCCGGCUGAAGAGGACCAUGGUUCAUCCACCGGAGAUGCCACUGGAGUGUAG